AUUGAAAAUCGAUUUCUCUUGCAAAAUUCCAGCAAAUUUCGUGAACAAAUCUGUCGAUUUCGGACUAAAAUAAGAAUGUUGUUGUAAAAUUAUUGUUGUAAUCGUAUUGUGGUGCUUGUUUGAGUAGAAAAUUCCUAGAACGGUAAAAUGUUCUCGAUCAAAACACCUCGCAUCCAGCAGAAGGAUCUCCAAUGCCUCAAUGGCUGCGGAUUCUACGGAAAUGCACAAUGGAACGGUCUGUGUUCGAAAUGUUAUCGCGAACGCACGAUAAAGGAGCGCCACAUGAAGCUAUAUCGCCCUGUUCGGUUCGAAGGUCAUCCGAGUGGAAAGAAGCAGGAGCCGCACCAUACUUUGGCGCAGCAUCAGCUUCAGCAACAAGUGGAUCAACGCCAUGCUACCAAGAUCGGUUUCGGUCAACCGGGAAAAUCCGGUGCUGCUCCAAAGGAGGAGGAUAAAAAGAAAAAGCGUAAUUUGAUGGAUUUGCUGAAGAAAUCCCCUUCGGUGAAAGAAUCGGAGAGACCGCCAAGACAUCACCAUCAUCACCACCAUAACAGGCAGCCUAUGGACAAACUGGAACAGGAAUAUCAGGAUGCAUUAAAGGCACUGAAGAUUGAAGAUGCAGCCAAAAGGGAGCUGAAGUACUUUAUUGAAAUGCUGGAUCAAAAAAUCCGCAAGAAGCACUCGGACUGCAGCAUUGAGGAGGUUUCCGAGAUUGUCCAGAAUGGCUACACCAAGUUCCAAGAAUAUAUGAAUGUAGAAAAUUCAAAAUUCGCCAACGUAUCACAGGAAACCAAAGAGCAAGUUCUUGACUUUUUCGAAAAGUGCAUCAUGACCAUGAACCACGGUCGAUUGUUUUCUCCGCCGACAACCGAUGACGAAGAGAAGGAUUCACAAAUUCAGAAGCGAAUUCGGCAGCUAAGCUGGAUCAACACAAAACACUUGGUGUGCAGUAUCGAUGAGGUGAACUCGGAGGUUCGGGAUUUAGUUUACACCGCCAUCACGGAGUUGGUUUCGAUGGAUUCGUUCCAUUCGCCGCAGGAAAAGCUCGAAUGCAUCAUACGAUGCUGCCGGAAUAUUUUCAGUUUGCUGAAGCAGUCCGUUGGUGGACCAGCGAGUGCCGAUGAGUUCUUGCCUGCGUUCAUAUUUGUUGUCCUCAAGGCGAAUCCCGUUCGACUGCACAGCAAUAUAAAUUUCGUUACCCGUUUUAGUAAUGCUUCGCGGCUGAUGAGUGGUGAAGGCGGCUACUAUUUCACCAAUCUUUGCUGUGCAAUUUCCUUCAUAGAAAAUCUAACUUCGGAAUCCUUGUCCAUGUCGGCAGAGGAAUUCAAUGGAUUGAUGACGGGUGAAAAAACGGGACCGUCUGCAUGGGAAAGUGCUCUGAUGGCCUGCGAAAGUCUGCAUCUGAUAUCGGAGAACAUGAAAACGAUGAAAAAGUUGGGCACACGAAACGAGGAAAUUUUGAAAAACAUUGAAACCUUAAACGAGGAUAUCGUAAGCUUUAAGAACGAAAUCAGCCAAAAAGUUACAGAGGUGCUCGACCGUACGCCGCUUGUACUGCAACCAAUUCGCACACCACGACGUUUGGAAAAACGUAAUGCACAAGUAUUUAGCGCAGCCAGUGGUCAACAGCACCCGGUCGAUGGUGGCCACUUUCAGUCAAAUUUGAUGGCUGCCAUGAAGGUUGGCGAUAUAGAAUCUAUCGACACGAAAAAUAAAUCCAGCAUCGAAGUGACCGUUGUUCCACAAACCAAUUUCGAUGAGCUGGUUAAAAAUCUUUCCGAUACCCUCGUGGCCCCGUUAGUCGCUGUAGGAUGCGAUAAGGAUUUAAUUCCGUCCCCAUUACCAGGAAUGAGUGCUAGCAAUUCGGCCGAUUUGCUCUCGGCUUCACCUAUUUUCGACUAUAACAAAGUUUUCGAUACUCAAUCGCUGGAUGAAAUUGCAACUCCGGACGAUCUGGCGCACACUUUCAUCAAAGGAAUCCGCAACAUCAAUUACGAUUUCGAUUUCUCCGACCACAGUGGCGAGAAUAGCGUUGCAGAUGACGUUGACCAUAAACCGUCACCCGCGGCCGUACCUUCCGUGAGUCGAUUCGAUUUGGAUGAAUUCGAUCCGUUAAUCGCCAAGGAACGUGCCGAUAAAGUAUCGCCGCUUCCGCUGCAAUCAACGACGGGCAGUGGUAAUCUACUGGAUGAGGAUUCACCACGUGCCCUGCUUCUGGAGUCGCCAAUUAAACCAACCGUGGCAGAGUAUCAAGGCUUUUCGCUCCAGGGCUGCAAUAUUCCUACUAUAACAUGUGCUGCUGGGGACAUGGGAGCUUCCAGUUCCGGUUCGAAAUUAGGGCAGCAGCAGAAACAGUCGACGGGAAAUACUUUGGGCAGUGGUGGAAGCUUGAUUUAAAUUGGAGGAUGUGAUGCCGGGGAGUACUGUAACACCUUACUGUAUGUAGUCAUUUAUAUCUGUUAUGUGUUAUUGAAGAUGUGUAUAAUAUUGAACAAUCUAUAUCAGCAAUUAUUACAACGACUAUCGAAUAGUUCUCUACAAUA